UCCGACAGCUCCUUUGUCAAUUUUCUACCGCGAGAUACUUCGUGUCUAUUCCUCGAGGUGCCGUCGAUCGAACUUGUGCCCAAAAGUGCUCUGCAACACUCGCAGAUGGGAUCUAAGAAUGUCCCGUCAAGCAAUUAACGGCCAGCGCCACAUUCUACGGGCGCUCGCCCAAUGGCCCAGAGACAUCCUCCGGCCCGAGAUCCAGCUCCAAGAGGUCCUGCGCAAGCGCUUCGCCGAGCCCUUAGCCAACCUGUCCGAGCAAGAACAGCUUAGGCAGGCCAACGCCCUCUACUCGCUCAUACAUAACCGAUACAAGACAAAGUACCCCAUCACGGGCUCGCUGCUCCAGCCGAAGAGCCACCCGACGUACUAUUCCGAGCUAAUCAAGGAGCUAGAGGAGGCUCCGAAACGGACCUACGUUGAAAGACUCUGGUUACGGUUGAAGGGGUUUAUCAGGCUGCAGUAGCCGGGCCGAGGCGUUGCGUGAUGACGGAACAGGCAGCGUUGUAAGAUAUCAGACCGGGAGUAAGAGAAGAGAAGCCGACCGCUCUUCAUAC